UAAGCUGAAAUCGGACCGGAAAACGAAACAAAACAAAUAAAAAAAAAUUAAAUUUUCCUUUAAUUUUCUCCUAAAUCCAUCUUUAAAUGCACAAAUAAUCCUUUUCCGAACAUCACAAAGACAGAACAAGACAGAAUGGUGGAAGAAACUGCCGGAACGAACAAAUCAAACAAGUCUCGAGCACGUCCCAGAUCGGUAUUUUUAUGGACAGUAAGUGAUGUGCAGAAAUGGUUUCGACGCCAUUGCGGUGACUCGGGAGCCUCUGGAGCUGCCUUUCCCGUGGAAGAAUAUGCAAAACUCUUUGCCGACAAUGAUAUCACGGGAAGAACUUUGCUCCGGAUGACCGACGAUUCGUUGUAUCGGAUGGGAAUUCACAAUAACGAGCACAGAAAUGCCAUUUAUUACGAGGUGCUGAAGCAGAAACUGAAGGAAGACAUUCUAACAAUACGAGAUCUCGAACUGAAAUACAGAGUUUAUAGUAAUAGCUAAGCUAAACUGUGAAAAAUCUCAUUCCUACACGAAUUUUUUCUAGAAUUAACGAUAAAAUAAAGACAAAUGUUUACUUGUAAUUUUAGAUUUUUUGUAAAUUUAGAGGAAAAAU